AUGGCUAGAAAGAAAUCAGCUGCUAAAAAGGCAAGAGAAGCCGCUGCCGCUGCUGCUACUGCUACUGCUACUGCUACUGCUGCUGUUGAAAGUAGCACCUCAGGAAAUUCAAAAUCAUUGACUUCUAACAAUGAACACGCCAAAGAUAUAAAAAUUGAAAAACCAUCAUUACAAAAAUUACCUCAAGAUAAAAAAACUUUGUCUCCUUCUGAUGAUGAUAAAGUUUCCGACUUUGAUGCAUACUCAACAUCCUCAUCAUCAUCAGAGGAAGAAGAUGAAUUUGGUGAUUUAAUUACUGAAGAUGUUGAAACUGGAAUUAAUCAAGUUUUACAAACCAUUAAAACUAAUCCAUCAAAAUUAUUAGAUCCCAAUGUAAAAUUUUUUGAAGAUCCCGAACUGAUUGAAUAUAAUGAAACGACAAAGAAACAUAAACCAUUAUAUAUAAGUGAUUAUAAUCGUAUGCAAUUAUUAGACCAAGCAAAGGGCAAACAAACCAAUGAACAAGAAGAAGAAGAAGAAGGGACUGGUUCUUUUGAUGAUCAAAAAACUAUUGAUGGACAAAAAUCAUUUGUUACGGUUCAAAAAGAAGAAAAAGAUCAACUUUUAGCAGAAAUUAAAAAAGCAUUUGAUGAAGAUAUUGAAGAUGAUAGUGAUGAAGAAAAGAAAGAGGAGAAAGAGCAGGAUGAUGACUUUUUCCGUAAAAAAGAUGAGAAACAAUUUAAAAAUGAAGCUGAAGACAAAGACAAUAUCAUUGGUGGAUCAAAUUUACCUGAUCCAAAUCAAGAUCAACAAGGAUUUUUAAAUGCUUUUCUUGAUCUGAAAGCUUGGAUACCUAAAAAGGGAGAUAAAAUAAUUAAUUUAGAUAAAAUUGAUCAAACUUAUGAAGAAGAAUUUGAUGAAGCAGUUGAAAAAUUUGAAAAUGCUUAUAAUUUCCGUUAUGAAGAUCCUAAUGGAGGAUCAGAAAUUAUUAGUUAUGCUCGUAAUCAAGCUACAUUAAGACGACUGAAAACUAAUCUGCGUAAACGACAACGUGAAAAACGUCAAGAAUUAAAACGUCAAGAAGAUGAAAUUAUUCAAGAUUUAUUGAAGAAAAAAAAAACUGCUAAAAUUAAUAAAGUAGUGGAUCGAUUAAGUAAAAUUAAACAAGCCAUUGGUGGUGACCCUAAUAAUAAUAAUAAUAGUGUUGUUGAUGAUGAAACUAUUGAAAGAGUUUUUGGAGAUUCUUUAUUAAAUGAUGAUUUUGAUGAUGCUGAUUGGGAUAAUAAAAUGGCAGAAAUAUUUAAUGAACAAUAUUAUGAAGCUGAAUUGGAAAAACCAACUUGGGAUGAUGAUGAUGAUGAAAUUAUGGGUGGUGAUAUAAAUAGUGAUGAAGAACAGGAACAGGAACAGGAAGAAGAAGAAGGAGAAGUUGCAUCUAAUUCUGAAUCUGAAUCUGAAUCUGAAGAACCACCAAAUAAAAAAUCAAAGAAAGAUUUACUUAAAGCUAAAAAAUCUAUUAAAAAAGAAAAACAAUCACUUAAAGAAAAAGCUCAAGCAAUAGUAGAAGCUAAUACAUUAAAAUUGAUGGAUGAAAUUGAAGAAGAAAGAGGACGUCAACGAGAAAAUGAUGGUCAUGAAAAAGAAAUUAAAUUUAAAUAUCGUGAAGUAUCACCAGAAACUUUUGGUUUAACUACUAGAGAUAUUAUAUUAGCUGAUGAUAAACAAUUAAAUAAUUUCAUUAGUAUUAAAAAAUUUGCUCCUUAUCGUCCUAAAGAAUUAAGAUUAAAAGAUAAACGGAAAUAUACUAAAAAGAAACAUUUACAAGAAUGGAAAAAGGAAACAUUUAAAAAUUUGAAAUUACCUAAAGAAAUUGAACAAAGUGGAGCAGGUGGUGAUAAUGAUAAUGAUGAUGAUAAUGAUAUUUGGAUUCCUAAUGAAGAUGUAUCUAAUAACUAUUAUAAAAAUGAUAACAAGAAGCAAAAGAAGAAUAAGAAGAAGCAUGAUAAACUGAGGAAACAAAGAUGA